CUUCCCCACAGACUGUCCACAGACACGGGGAAAAAUGGUGGAAAAUCCACCAUCGCCAUUGCCAGAGAGAGCGAUUUAUGGCUUUGUACUACUUUCCGUAAGCUCUCAAUUUGGCUUCAUACUUUAUCCAGUAUGGGCUGUUAUUCCUGAAUCGUGGCUACACUCCUUAGGCUGAACCUACUGGCCUCAAAAAUACUGGGCAGGUGCAUUGCACUACCUCCUCAUUACUACAGUAAUUGGUUACAUACCCUUAUUUGGAAUUAACAUGAUGAGCACAUUUCCACUCAACUCCAUUCAUAUGAUCACAGAUAACUACGCUAAAAAUCAACAGCAAAAGAAAUACCAAGAAGAGUCUACCCCAGCACUAAGGGAUAUUCCUAUCGAUGAAGUAAACUAAAUGUUUUUUCUUGUAGACAAACAACUUUACACUAAAAACUGA